AUGGCGACCCUGGCCCGGGGUCGGAAAGCGGAGUUGCAAGAUGGAAGCGCGCCGCUUUCCCCAGUUUCAGAUUCGCCGCCUAUCAUCCUGCGGCUCGCACCCUCCUCGCAACCAUGGACAGCGGAGGAGGACGCGGUGCUGCUGCGGCACGCGCUGAGGCACGGCACGCGGCAGUGGGGGCGGCUGGUGCGAGGCAAGCAGCUCGCGCGCGGCAACAAGGCGUGCUGCAACCGCUUCCUCUUCCUAAAGAAGAAGUUCAUCCAGAAGCAUGAUGACGGCACUCUGCCAGCUCACCGACAGCUGGCUGCUUCCCCGUCCGCCGACCAAUCACAGCGGCACAUGUGGAACCGUCCUGACGUGGCGAAGCAAUAUGGCGGGCUGUCAUUGGUCGAGUGCAUGCAGCUGUUCCUCCCACCUGGUCUCCGAGACACCUUGGUCCCAUCUGAUUUAUCACCUGAACAUGCACCUGAGUUCAAUCCAGCACCUGCUGCUCCUCCUGAGGGUGACCUCAUGGAACCAACGGGGAGACGCUUGGGCAGGGAGCAUGCAGGAGCAGCAGCAGGAGGAGGAGGAGGAGGAGCAGGAGCACAGCAGAGCACAGCAGCAGUUUCAUCUCACCAGCUGGCUCACAUUCUCUUUCCUGAAUUACAUGCCACGGAUGUGCGCACCAUGCAUCCACACCCCGUGCAUGGGGGAAUGAAGAGGCCUCGCAAUGACGACGACACAGGAUUCAGCACCGGCGCCGGCGCCGCUCACACCAGCACUUGUGAAGGCCUGUCAGCAAGCCAGAUUCAAGGCACUGGAGCUAUUGAUGCCUCGGUUGUGCGCUCGCUGCUUCUGCGCGCCGCUGACAGCCAGAGUUGCCAGCAACAGUGCGAAAGCAGCAGCAUCAACACGCCCACAUUAGGCUCUCUUCCUACCCUCGACUGGCCACUCUCCUUCACUCCCUCCCUCCCAUCCUCCUUCACUCCCUCCUUUUCACCCUCCGUUUCACACUCCCUCGCACCCUCCCUUUCACCCAACUACGUAUCCCCCUUUUGGCCCCGCCCAGUCCACCCAGCACGCCCUCUUUCAUCCGCAUCCCAACGACCAUCCUCGUCUCUCUCGCCGUUCACCUUCAGGCUGGCUGAGAGCUCCCGCGUUCUGCAUUCCGCCCCUCCUAACAGCCUUUCGCCAUCCCUCCACGCGACCAUCCCUCCCCGCACCGCUCCCCCCACCGCUCCAAUCAACUCCCUUGCGUCCCCUCCUUCCUCUCACUGCCAGUCCGUUGCUCCCUUCACACCCACAUCUCUCAUAACAACUGAGACACCACGGGUGCCAUCAGCCCCCUCCGCCAUCAUCAACCCUUCCCCACUGCACUCUAACCUCUCUUUCCCCUCUUUCCCCUCACUCUCUGCACUUCAGUCAGCCCUCCAAACUCCUCCACCCAAAACACCUCUCACACUCUCCAACCCAUCUCAGCACCACCUCUUUCAGCGUUACCCUUCCCCCAGUCCCUCUCUCAGCAACGCUGCUGCCUCCGCCUCGGUGGACUGCUCCCCGCCUUCCGCCCAACCCUCCUCGCCCCAGCUCUCCUCCCAACGCACCGUUGCGCCAGUGGAAUCACAGCAGUUGCGAAACGCAGUCACACCGUCAGCAGGAGAAGCUUCAGCUGCUCCCCACCCUGCUGCAGCAGCUACAUCCGCGAGCGUGUGUCCCGUUCUUCCCUUUCUUCCUGUGCUUGCAGCAGAACCUACAGAGAGUCUGGCACAAGCAGCAGCCCUUCCAUCCCCGUUGUAUUCUGCAACAACAGACGCGUCUCCCCUCUCACCAUCUGCCCUGACAGCAGAACACGUGAGGCCGCACAAGAUGCCUCGGACGAGCCGUGGCGUGCUGCCCCCCGCUGCUCUGGAAUUCGCCCGCUCCUUUUUUUCCGGGCUGCCCGGCAGGGAUGAUUACCAGAGAAUCGAGAACAGCAAGGGGCAGCAAACGUUGGAGCGCACGUGCACCAGUGCGAGGGAGUGUCUGCAUAUUGCAGGGGAAGGCCUGCCUAGUUUGGGCCAAUCCUUACUUUCUGACAUCGUUAGUGCAGCAACUGCUGCUCCUGGUGUAACUGCUACCCCUGAUGUGACUGAUUCGCCCGCAGCAGCGGCACUUGCAGCAGCAGCAGAAGGCGUAUGUCAGGGAGAGGCAUUCAUUUGGAAGGAUCUGAUUGAGCUGGAAGGCGGGCGCGAGGUGGUGUUGUGUGGUGAGGAGAAGAGAGCAGGGUUGGCAGUGGACUCUUGCAGCGAGCUGGAGGACCUCUUUGAGGAGAACGAGCAAUCUGGUGUGGCCCCGUAUGGCAUAGGUACCAUAGAAUGA